UACAGCGAGAAGAAAUCAAGACUUGGGAUUACGCUCGAGUCCUCCAGAUAUUUGGACGGGAUGUAACAGUAGCAGCGGCAGUAGUAGAAGUAGCAGCAGCAGCGGCAGCAGCUAGCUGCGCACAGGGCGAGGCGAAAGCUUGACGCGGCAACCACCACCCAGACCUCGCCAUCGACCUUGCCCCUUGCCUGCCUCUCCGUCCCUCACUCCCUCCCCAUUGAUCCCAUGUACGUCUGCUUUUUUCUGCGCCAUAAUCCACCUUUUUUCCGUUUCCUGCUCGCCUGCUUGCUUUCCUGACGACGAGAUCUUUGGUUUGGUUGGUUUCUUUAAGACCCGUGCGUCCAAAUCGCCAUGGCUUUUCAUCUUGUUUUGCUUUCUUUUCCCUGCCCUCCCAGGACAAAGCAAGAUUCUUGUGUGCGUGUGUGAUGAGAUGAGCUGAGCUGAGCAGCAGCUGCGUUAGCUCAAGAAGGACCCGGCCGGCCGGCCUACCUGCUCAACAGCGAAUCGUGUCGUCGUCUUUACUUACUCUCUGACCCGUGUGUGCAUGUUGUGUUUCGUCUCGUCACUUCAUCCGAUGGAUCGCUUGUGCUACUUGACGGUAGAAAUAUAUAGCUAGUUAUACUGGCUAAGUUUUCGCUGCUGUCGUUCCGUCUGUUUUGCACGAAUCGAAAGCGUUUGGUGGUGUUUGGGGGAAGAGGUUGGUAUGGCGCAUGAUCCGAGCCUGGGUUUCGCGGACUACUUCUCGGCGGCAGAUGCCGCGGCGUCGCCGGUCGUCACGGCGCUCAUGCCGCCGAUGGACGCCGCGGCGCCGGAUCUGUUCGGGUUGCAGGCCGGGAUGGAGCUGCUCGGCGUGCGCGGCCUGGCCAUGAUGCCCGGCGCGACGACAGGCAAGGUCGCCGCGCUCGUGGACGCUGGAGGAGGAGACGACGACGACGACGGCUCCACCAUGCGCUUCCUCAGCGAGCAGCAUCAUCACCACCACCAACAACAGCCGAGCCAGGCGCCGCUGUCCCUGUCGCUGCGCCACCCGGAGGGAGCGUUGCACCCCGGCGGCGCGGCUCGGCAGCAACUGGCGGCGCCCGUGGCGCCAUGGAUGCACCAGGACUACCCGUCGCCGUCGGUGCAAGGCGCGUGGAACCUGCGCAGCUCCAGGUUCCUCCUCCCGGCGCAGCAGCUCCUCCAACAAUUCUGCAACCUCCCCGUGGAGAACACCAAGCGCAGCACCAACGCCAAGUCGGCAACAACAGCACUCCAGGCGCAGCAAGACGACGGCGUCCUCGGCGACGGGUCGUCGUCGUCGUCAACCUCGUGGACCCCGUCGCCGCAGAUCCAGGCCAUGGAACCUCUGGAGCUGCAGAGGCUCAGGGACAAGCUCUACGUCAUGCUCGAAGAGGUGGACAGGAGGUACAGGAGGUACUGCGAGCAGAUGAAGGCGGUGGCCGGAGGGUUCGAGGCGGUGGCCGGGGAGAGGGCGGCGGCGGCGUACACGGCGCUGGCGUCGAGGACGAUCUCGCGGCACUUCCGGAGCCUGAGGGACGGGGUCGUGGCGCAGCUGCAGGCGGUGAGGAAGGCGCUCGGGGAGAAGGACGUGCGGGUGGGCGGGAUGACGCGGGGGGAGACGCCGCGGCUCAAGGUGAUCGACCAGUGCAUCAGGCAGCACAAGUCGCUGGCCGCCGCCGCCGCCGGCGCCAUGGACAGCCACCCCUGGCGCCCCCAGCGUGGCCUCCCCGAGCGCGCCGUCACCAUCCUCCGCGCCUGGCUCUUCGAGCACUUCCUGCACCCGUACCCAAGUGACGUGGAUAAGCACAUUCUGGCUCGCCAGACGGGCCUCUCACGGAGCCAGGUGUCCAACUGGUUCAUCAAUGCGAGGGUGCGGCUGUGGAAGCCAAUGGUGGAGGAGAUGUACGUGGAGGAGAUGAAGGACAAGGAUGGCGGCAGCGGUGGCCAAGGGAGCCUGAACCCUAGGCCUUCCUGCAGCCACGCCUCCGAGCAGCUGGUCGUCGGUGAUGGCGACGCCGGCGGUGAACAGAAGCCGACGAGGGCGCAGCUAGUUCGCCACGACGCCGGCUCGCUGGCCUCCGUCGUCAACGUCGUCGACGGCGCCGCGCGUGCGGGCGGCGGCGCACGGCUGCACCAAGUGGAGAGCUUCGGCAUCAUGGACCACCUCGACUUCGACGCGUACGACGACGGCCAGCAUCAGCAGCACGGCGGGUUCGGCGCCAGCGGCGGCGUGUCGCUGACGCUCGGGCUGCAGCAGCACGGUUCCCACGACGGCGGCGUGAACAUCGCGUUCGGCGCCCCGCCGCACAUGGGCGGCGCAGGGUUCUUGUACCCAGGCGAGCAUCUGGUCGACGCCGUGCAUCCUGUGCACGGUCACUACGGCGGCGCAACCAUGGACGGCGGCGACACUACCUCCCACGCGGCGCAGGAGCGUUACCGGAGCCUAAGCGCCGGGUUCCACCUGCUCCGCGACCUGGCCGGAUGACCCAAAUCCAUCAAUGCGGUGGACGACUCAUUAGCUAGCUAGCAGAGGAUGUCGCAACGGCGGCGAUCAUAUCGGCGCGCGGCACGGCGGCGCUGGUGUGCAUUGGUUGGGCAAAAUGAAGCCCUUUUUGUUGGUGGUGGUCCUUGAUUUUUACCGGCCAACGUACAGUCGGAAUCUCUCGCGAUCGAUCGUAUCGCAUCGUAAAGCUGAGGCCGGCGAAUUGUAUGCACGCAGCAGGUGAGUAGACGGUGGAGCUUUCGUGUGGUUCGGAAGCAGGCAGCUCUGCUUGCUUUUAGCCUACCGGCAUCGGCUCGGGUGGUCGGCUCGAUCGUGUACAUGUUUGUGUAGCUAGCUAGCGGAGACGCAGCUUAAUUUGUACUGGAAUAUAAUAGAUGGCGUCGGUGAUUGCGAAAUCUUUAAUUAGCGGACCGUGCGUCUCUGGGGUGGAUCGCACGCGCAAACGUACGCUUUCUGACCAUUUGACGAGUGACGGCUGCCGGGUGAGGGCUAGGGUUUGAGACGGGAAGAGAGGGGCACUAGCUAGGGAGGAUUCGUCCUUAAUUAGGUUUAGAGCAAUGGUUGAGAAUGCCGUGGGCAUCUGAUAAGAAUGGGUGGUGAGGAGAUAGUGGCACCGUCAAGGAAACUGUUUUAAGCUCUCUAUUACGCUCCAAUCCACAUAUUGCACUCGAAUAUGUAGAAACAAUGAUACAUGUGGUAGGGUU